CGGGGAAUGACGAAGGCGGGGAGAGACUGGCUCGAGUCUAGCCACAACCAGUGAAAAGAUCGUUGAAGAACUCUGUUGUACACCUAUUCAAACGAAAACCAUUUUAAGAUGGCUAGCAAGUGGCAACCCAACAAACAACUAGGUCCACAAGAUCUGGAAACAUUUGCUGGUCAACGGGGUAUUCACUACAUUCUAUUUGCAUACAUCGAUAUUCUUGGCGUUCAUCGAGGUAAACUCGUCCCUAAAUCGGCUGUCAAUAAGCUGGCAGAGGAUGGAGGUCGUUUUGGUCAAAUAGUAUUCAGACAGUCUGCUGCCAAUCCCGAUAUGAUAGUUGUUCCUGACUUGACGACGCUCAUUCAAUUGCCCUGGAAGCCUGAGUUUGCGUGGGUGAUGUGUGAUCUGUAUAGUUCUGCAGGUGUGCUGUUUGAGGAGUCACCUCGUCUUGCUCUGAAACGACAGAUAGAGCGGCUGUCAAAACUGGGGAAAAACUGGGUACUCAAGUGUGGACUCGAAUUUGAGUUCUACUUGGUGAACAAGGAUGGAAGGGAUGUGGCUGACAAGUUGGAUGAACGUCCGGGUUACGGCUCUUGCUUUCGAACUGAUAGUCUGAUGAGAAGCUCAAAGGUUCUGACUCGGAUUUGUGAUGUCAUCGAUCAGCUUCAAUGGCAUCCAUACCAGAUAGACCACGAGAGUGGCAGCGGUCAAUACGAGAUAAAUUGUCAUUACACUGAUGCCAUGACAAUGGCCGAUCGCCACGUGUUCUUCAAAUACGUCUGCCAGAGCAUUUCUGAAGAGGAAGGUGUUCGUAUCACCUUCAUGCCCAAACCAUUUGAAGCCAAGUCUGGCAAUGGGCUGCACGUGCACGUCUCGAUCUGGGAAGGAGACAAAAACAUUUUCUUGGAUCAGUCGGGAGAGCUCGGUUUGUCACAGACAGCAUACUAUUUCCUUGCUGGAGUUCUUCACAAUGCCAAGGCCUUGUGUGCUAUUCUGUGUCCAACAGUUAAUAGUUACAAACGACUGGUAGCCGCAGGAUGGUGCCCCAACCGAAUUACCUACACAGGCGACAAUCGCUCUCACAUGAUAAGGAUCCCUGGUCCUGGUCGAUUUGAGAUACGUCUUGCUGAUGGUGCAGUCAAUGCAUAUCUUUAUCAGGCAGCCGUUAUUGCUGCUGGUAUUGAUGGUAUAGAGAGGAAGCUUGAUCCUGGUCGUCGAUGUGAUGGAGAUGGAUACAAGGGAGAACCAGAAGGGGCAGAGUACCUUCCACAGAACCUUUUGGAUGCAAUCAGAGAGCUGAAAAAGAAUCGCGUACUCUAUGAAGCAUUAGGAGUGGAUUGCAUGGAUGCCCUAACAACACGGAAGGAACAAGAAUGGCUGAGCUACAUGCGGCAUCUUACAGAAUGGGAAUGUACACACACUCUAGACUGCUGAACUGAACAAAACAAGAAUUGAGGCAAUGAAAUAGUUGUAUAUUUGUGUGACAUCGUCAAGUAUUCAGUCACUAAGAAUGAUAAAUUCACAGAAAUGCAAACUAAUUAAGUCAUUACACCAGUGCUAAUCAUGUGGUCUAUUAAAUGAUCAUAAAUAUUGUGAGAUGCUUUAGUCUGAGAAAUCUGAAGGCAGUUCACGUCAAUGCAAGAAAUCAGCUGCUAACAAAUCUACACACUGUAUCAUGAUAUAUGAUCUCUUGGUACGUACAUACCAAUCUAUGUAAACAGAUGUAUGAAUGCUCAUUCAAACUACUCAGUUGAA